GUAUUAACCGAGGCUGGCAACGUCAGGACUAUGAUGGGAAUAUAAAGCGUUAUUUAUAACAGAAUAUAAUCUGCCAAUUCUGCCAUUAAACUUCUUUCGUCACCUGAAAACCCCGUUUUGAAAAGAACUUCUGCCGGAAUGGACUGCAUCCACCAAUGGGAUAACCACGAAAUCCGACACUAGCUUGUGAGGAACGCUUUCUUCAGACUACAGACCAGAAGAUGGAGGAUACCUUUAAAGACGAAGUUUCCCCACCUGUGUCCGUCUCCCAGGCCGACGCGCGUGACCGUGAAGCGGGAGGAGGGAACGUGAUCGGCAAGUUGGAGAACGACGUCAACGCGGCCAUCCCUGCGGACCCCUGGGACAUCAGUGGACAGGGCCUGACGAAGGCGGGGCUUGCUCCCUUGGUCGACGCUUCGGGCCCCCCGGCGCUGAACCCAGCCACGGAGGCCCCGGGGGCCGUGGCUCUGAAGGUGGCCACGGCCGUCCUGCAGCCUCUCUGCCUGGGGGAGAGCCCUGUGAUGCUGCCCAUCCACCUCCAGAUGGCUGGGUCUGCUAUGCCUCAGGUUGGCCAGAUGGGGGCAGCGCCCUACUUCAUGACCAACCAAGGCCCGAUGUCUUUGCCCCUGGUCCUGGAACAGCAGCUCUUCCAGCACCUGGGUCCCUCCAUGAUCCCCCAGGGAGGCCCGUGCCAAACCAUCCCCCUGCAGAACAACAUCCUGUGUCAGAACGCCUCUCUGACGUUUGCGCCUCCCCCUCCAGCACUGGAGCAGAAGCCCGGGCAGGCCCUGGACUCAGGCCUGCUGUCUCUCCUCCAGAACCCGGCCUUCACCGCCAUUCUUCAGGACCUCUUUCCCACGGCGGGGAACUCCGCUACCUGUCAGUCACCAGGAUCCGUCCAGUCGGACCCUUUUGCCUCUUCCUUUCUCUCCCCCCCUCCUCUCCCACAUCCCUACAGCUCUCCCCUGGCUCCGCUGGUUCCUCCAGCCACCCUCCUGGUCCCCUAUCCCGUGGUCAUCCCCCUCCCUGUGCCUCUGCCCAUCCCUCUGCCCAUCCCCAUCCCCGUCCCUCAGAGCGAGGACUCCAAGGGGAACCUGCCCAAAGCAGCUUGUACUGUGAGUAAAAGCACCCAGACGUACUUUACCUCUCCCCCUCCGUCGCCCGGGAGCUUCCUGUCGUCCAAUCAGCUGCGGCAUGCCUCCUCGUCCGCUCUCCUGUUGGCCGAGGGAGAAGUGUUGGACCUGUCCAUCAAAUCCUGUCCCAUAGAGCCCAAGCAGGAAGUGCCCUCCCCGCAGGAGAAUGUGCUCGACCUAUCCGUAGCUGGCGUACGGAGGACCUGCAUCCAGUCCUGCGGCUCCGGCGGUUCCCUGAAGGGGGAGAGAGAUCGGCCGUGCCUGUCUGGUCAGAAGGCCCACCCAGGGGCCCUAUCUCUGGGGGUGCUACGGCCCCUGGAGUGCACCCAGAGGCUGGACUCUAAGCUGCUGAGCGGCCUGGCCUCUCUGGAGUUCAGCCGGCAGCACAAGUGGGUCGUGGACAGCAGCGGCGGGGGCAGCUCUCUGGGCCGGGAGGCCUCUCUCAGCGGGGCGGGGAACCUCGAGAUAGUCAGCACCUCGCAGACCGCCAAGGUCAUCGUGUCGGUGAAGGACGCCAUCCCCGCCAUCCUCUGCGGGAAAAUCAAGAGCCUCUCGGGGGUGUCCACCAAGAACUUCUCCAUCAAGCGAGACGGCCCCCAGGGGGCGGCCCUCCAGCAGCUCUACGGAGCCCCGUCCCGGGGCCAGGGGGAGCAGCGAGACCCCAACGACCCCCUGAAGAAGGUCCCUAAAAACCGAGCCAUCAAACUGAAGAAGGUCAGCUCGCAGGAGAUUCACAUUCUUCCCAUCAAGAAGCAGCGUCUCGCUGCGUUUCUUCCCAGGAAGUGAGAGUGAUCGAGAGGGAGCGUGUGUGUGUGUGUGUGUGGGGGGGGGGGGGCCUCCCAGCCAGCACCAAACACCACAAUAGAAACCACAUGCAGGCUGAAAUAGUUUCCAAUGGAAGGCAUGGAAUGCAGAUUAAAGGUACAGCAUGAUGCAGGAGCAUUGUUUAAAAAGGUAGCCGCGACAUAUUUAUAAACACCUGUACCUUUUUGGAAACUUGAUUUUAUUUUAUGAGAUGAACUUUUUCUGGGGAUGGAAUGGAAAUGAGCUGUCCAUAUGACACUGGUGGAACACUGCUCUCUGAACAUGAACUCUGGACUACCAGUGGUUUCCAUCUUCUGGGUUUAUGGUUGGUUUUCACUUGUUUUAAUACCUAUGUGAGCAGACUAUAGGCCAUGAAACCGGAUUCUCUGAGGUCUUCAGGUUACAUUAGAGUGGAGCUGUAUGUAAUGUCAGAGGCUGUCUGUGGCUGUUUAAACCUGUCCCAUCCUUGAAAAUGGCCAUAUUCAUCAGUAGCCCACUGAAGCGAAGCGUCUUCUUUGAUGAGGAGGGGGUUAGCAUGGCAGGCUGAUAAUGACUUGGCUGGGUUCAGCCUCCACUUUCAUUAACUUUAAUGAAUGUCGGAAACGGCUGUCAGAGGCAACAAAGCACAGUUUUCAUCAUUUUGUUUCAUGGGUGGAAAAAAAAAGGUUCUAACUCUCAGACUUUUUUUACACUCUUCAUGUUGAAAUGAUCAAAUCGUUGUCAAAAGAGUAACAAAUCAGAUGUAAACGGUUCCAGGAAGUAACUGUUUAUGUUUUUAAAUUAUGUCUUUUUUUAUUUACAGUACAGCCAUGUUGUUAAACAUGCAGCAUCCAAUUUUAGGGCAAAGCUAAAUAAUAAUCCCAACAUUUUUGAUUGUAUGGAGUUUGAUUGGAUUUGAUUGAUUGGAGUGUAACAAUAUACAGUUUGAUAUUCAAGGGGAGGUGUUCUCCUAUGAAGCUGGGUCAUAUAAACUGUAUCUACAGAUCCUCACAAAGAACAUUAAGCUUCCCAUCUCUGUUAAUGUGUGCACUGUGUACAAACCCUAAUCUUAGCGUGUCGCCUUUAAUGUUUUCUUUGCACACAUCAUGUAGUGCUUUCAUCCUUUUACCCAUGCUUGUGCUUAGAAGUGUGUCAGUGAGUGUAGCGGUGUGAGUCUUGUUCCUAUCGGAUGCACUUUGUCCUAGAGGUUCCGUUGCGUGUGAAGUUACAAGGUGCCUGUACCGGCGAUGUUUGUGAGUUUUGGCCCGUUCUCGGCCUGCCUUCUAUGGUUCUGUAUCCUGUGAUGGAGGAGGGUCCGUGCAGCUCUGGAGAGGCCAAUAUAAACGAGUGGCCUUUUUGUCUCGCCAUGGCAGGAAGAUGUCAAUCAAAGCAUAAAACCUGGAACUCAACCAAAUGUCCGCUUUAGAAACUGCUCAGUCAAGGAGACCAAAAUCCUGCUGGCGCCGGUUACUGCAUCAGAACAUUCACCAUGAAGUGCACUGUGAUGCAACAAUGGGAGGGAGUUGUGCUUCCUCGAUUAAGUGCGUUUCUAAUCCAGAAGAUUGACGUCUGAUCAGAAAUGUUGUGCUUCAUUGAUAUUUAUUAUUCUACAGACUUUUAAUUUAUAAUGAUGAUGUGAGCAGAUGUUGGCAUUACCCUGGGGAAAGACAUUUCAAUCUGUCAGUCAAGAUCAUCUUGUUCUUCUCUAGAGGGACAAUGGAACCACAACUAGCAUCUUGAUGAAAGACGUCAAAAAACCCCGUUGGCACCAAUGUUCAGUGUUUGUGUUCCUAUUGGGUGUUGUUCUUAGUCAUUUACAGGGUGUCGAGAUGAAAUUUCUCCAGGCCUUUGAGUCAUGACAGAUUCCCUGUCCUGCCUCUGAAAGAGUGGAAAUCUCAGCUAAACUGGUUUAGAGUCCUGGACAGUAUGAAAACAAUGGCUUUGUUCAUAUUCAGCUUCAACGAAGAUGCCUAAAGUGAAUUCACACCCUCAUGAUUUUUCAUGUUUUUUUGUUACAGUUGCUGCUGAAAGGCAUUGUUUUCCUAUUAAAAAACAUCUACUCAGAAUUGGAACAAAUGUUCUAAAAAUCAUUAAAGGGCUUUUAUUUGUGUUGCAAAUGCAAGAGGCCUCGUGCAUGUCACAAAUGGACGCAGAUGAAAGUCAUUUAUUGAUUUAAGUAUCCAUUUAUUUUGUAUCUUUUUUUAAAGCCAUUCAUUCUGCACACACAUCCUCAUUUAGUAUGUAUUGGGUAUCCGUGUACUGAAUGAGAAUUUUUCUACUGUGAACCAUCUGAUGGUGAGAUGUUUUGUAAACAAUGCAGGUGAAUGAUUACAUAAACGCAUUGAGCAUUUUUGUGUAUUACCGGCUCUACUUCAGAUUAUGUGCGUUAAUCCCCAGUGAGGUUAAUCUCCUAACCCGUGAAAUCCUCGUUAGCUCUUAGCCUGGGAGAACACCUGAACCACAGGAAUUCACACAGAAGCUGCUCACUGGUCACUUUAUAAAGUAGAAAAACACAACGUUAUUAACACAAUACGUCUUUUAAAAAACGGUCUUCGUGUGUGACUUGAUGAACACUUUCUUUUUUCAAGUACUUAAAAGAUGCAGAAGAGAAUAUUUCAGCACUAACAAUCUGGUGUUGCAUUUAUGGCACAACAGGUAAAGUCACCAAGAAAAGAAUAAA